UUGUCCGAUUCCAUAUUUGUAGGGUUUUGAGAGCGAGGAGGAGCGAGGGCUCUGCCGCGACAAUCGACGCAUCGAUGCUGCAUUCUCCUGCCGGAUCAAUUUCUCGUUGCUGCUCGAUCGUCUGCGCGGUCAGAGAUAGGAAUUUCCUCGCGGCGCUUGCCAGAUUCGCAUUCUCCCCGUUCCUGAGCUUCAUCUUCGAGGCAGCGCUUGGCGAUCGGCGUCUUCCUCCGUGAAAAGAGGAUGACAUGGAUUCAUAGCAGUAGAUUUGCGAAGAAGGUUAGAAACGCUGGAGGGGUCGAGAGGAUUACUCCCGAUGCGCCGGAACACGUCUGCCCGACUUGUAACAAGCCCAUCGACAAUGACAAUGAACUGGCACCACAAGAUUGGACUGGGCUUCCCGCCGGAGUGAAGUUUGAUCCGAAUGACAAAGAAAUUCUGGACCAUCUUGCGGCAAAGAUUGGUCGCGGUGGAAAGCCGCAUGCUCUCAUCGACGAGUUUAUUCCGACUCUGGAAGACGACGAAGGGAUUUGCUCCAAGCAUCCCGAGAAGUUGCCAGGUGUGAAGAGCGAUGGAAGCAGCAGCCAUUUCUUCCACCGGCCGUCCAACGCAUACACCAAAGGCACCCGGAAGCGCCGGAAAGUCCAGACGGACGAUGACGACGAGACCCGAUGGCACAAGACCGGAAAGACAAGGCCCGUGAUGGAGAACGGCGAGGUCAUUGGCUGGAAGAAGAUCAUGGUUCUCUACACGAACUUCAAGAAGAAGUCCAAGCCAAAGAAGACAAACUGGGUGAUCCAUCAGUACCACGUCGGCAUUCACGAAGACGAAAGAGAGGGCGAGCUGGUCAUGUCCAAAGUGUUCUUCCAAACUCAACCUCGAGGCUCUGUGCGCGAGCCGUGCGAAGCAAACGAAGCAGCCGAAGCCAACGAAGGAGCCGAAGUAGCUGAGGCCAACGAUUCGAACGACGUCAACGAAGCCUCGUUCAGCCGCGAGUUGGAGGCGGCCCUCGCUUGCGAGCCCGAGAACGAUGAGUCUGCGAAGGUGGCAAGGACUUGCUCGACGAGCACUCCAGAGGUGGUGAAGCCCUGCUCGACGAGCACUCCAGAGGUGGUGAAGCCCUGCUCGACGAGCACUGCAGAGGUGGUGUGGCCCUGCUCGACGAGCACUCCAGAGGUGCUGAGGCCCUGCUCGACGAGCACUCCAGAGGUGGUGUGGCCCUGCUCGACGAGCACUCCAGAGGUGGUGAGGCCCUGUCCGAGCAGACCGGUGCCGCAGCUGGCGGAGAUGUGCCCAACGAUAGACGGCUACUAUGGAGCGUCAACUUCUGGCAUGUCCCUCGUGAGGUGUCCGACUGCUCAACAGCCUCUUCCACAAACCCCUGCCGAGAGAGUGAUAGAGGAGCUGCUCUGCGACGAAAGUUUCAACAACGUUGCCACCGAGUUCGAGAACCUUAGUAGCCAGGAGAUUCGAGCCUUCACGGAGGUCGCGGGGAUAAGUUGCGAGGAGGAGGACAUCCUGAACUUUAGCAACGAGAUGGACUUCUCCCUUGGGGUUGCACCGGAGAUCACUAGCCAGGAAGUAGCCGACUGGUUCAAGAGCCAGAGCCAGGAACAGGGACUGGAACAGGACUACAGAGCUCCUUUUUGACAGGUUAAGCUCGAAACCAAGAGCUUGUAUAGUUAAAUAAGUAGGACAGAUUCUUUCUCUUCUUCGUCCUCGUCGUUAUUUUAUCAGAGGUUCGUGGCGAUUUUACUUGGCUUCGUUGAGAAAGCCAGCUUUUCUUCCCUCGAAGCCGGGUCGCAUUAGCUUCUUCUCCCUCUGUGGUGUAAACAAGAGAGUCAGAUCAAUCAAUGUAACAAGCUUGCAAACCUUC